UCAAAUAUGAAAUAUAUACUUCUUCUCCUUGUCACUUUCAAGAUUAUCAAGAAGAAACUCACAAAGCUACAGGAGGUUAUGGGGUUUCAAACAUCACAUGGCACUAAAUGGAUAGCACACCCAAUUUUCAAAGCAAAGGAGGACUCAACACUGAACUUGGCUGAUCAUACCCAAGCCAAUACCAACUUAAUUCCCGCUUGCUAUGAUUCAUGGGUGGUAAAGCACCCUUCCGCAUUGAACUCAUUUGAUAGACUGAUGAAAGCUGCCAUUGGGAAGAGGAUAGUCGUAUUUUUAGACUACGAUGGCACCUUAUCACCAAUUGUCAAUGACCCUGAUCGCGCUUUCAUGUCUGAUGAGAUGCGCGCAGCUGUACAUGAAGUUGCUACUUAUUUUCCAACAGCAAUAAUCAGUGGAAGAAGCAGAGACAAGGUGAAAGAUUUCGUGAAGUUAAAUAAUUUAUAUUAUGCUGGGAGCCAUGGCAUGGAUAUAAUGGCUCCAUCAAUGCCAGUUAGGUCAUCUGAAGGCAAGCACUGUGACAUUGCUCGUAAUACAAAUGGCACUGAAGUUCCCUUUCAACCUGCGAAGAAGUUUUUGCCAGCAAUUCGAGAGAUAUUAAGAAGACUAGAGAAUGAAGUAAAGGAAAUAAAAGGUGCAAUGGUAGAGGACAACGGAUUCUGCAUCUCUGUACAUUUCCGGCAGGUUAAAGAAAAGGAUUAUUACGUUUUGGAAGAGAAAGUGAAGUCAGUGCUUGAACAGAAUCCUCAAUUCUGCUUAACUGAGGGCAAAAAGGUUAUGGAAAUAAGGCCAUCUAUAGAAUGGAACAAAGGAAAUGCUGUGGAAUAUUUUCUUGAUACAUUAGGAUUAAGCAGUUGCAGUGAUAUCCUUCCUGUGUAUAUUGGCGAUGACAGAACUGAUGAAGAUGCUUUUAAGGUCAUACAGAGCAGAGGACAAGGUUAUCCAAUUAUAGUGUCUUCAAUUCCAAGAGAAACAAACGCUUUGUACUCUUUGCGUGACCCAUCAGAAGUACUAAUCUUCUUGUCGCGGCUAGCGAAAUGGAGGAAAACCUCUUACUCAAGCAGGCCUUUAAAUUUUAGUUAA